AUACUCUUCAAUUCAUCCCCCUUGCCAAGUACUCUAGCUAUCUCAAACCUCCUUUCCUUGAAACCAUGGCCUUUUCCAAGCAUUGUUUCCCUCUUUCUAUGUUCAUAGCAUUAAUGUUACUCUCAAGCACGAAUAUGAGUCUAGCAGCUCGUCACCUCUUGGACACACCAGCUGCUCCACCUCCAGCUUUGACACUGCCUACAAUCCCAUCUCUGCCCAAGCCCACCUUGCCUCCCCUGCCCUCUUUCCCAACACUGCCUACAGCCACGUUGCCACCAUUGCCAAGCAUGCCCACUCAACCAUCUCUGCCAAAGCCCACCUUGCCACCAUUGCCUGCCAACCCAUUGCCUACACUGCCAAACCAACCAACUCUUCCCGCAUCCACAUUGCCGCCGUUGCCAAGCACUCAGGUCCCGACAUUGCCAACCAUGCCCACUGUUCCCAAGGUGACACUACCUCCGCUGCCAGCUACUCCAUUGCCCACCAUCCCAACCACAAUCCCUUCAAUCCCCACCAUUCCAACGACAAUCCCUUCCAUUCCUUUCCUCUCCCCACCCCCAUCAAACUGAAGCUCUAAUCCUUGAGAUGCCACAUUUCCAUUCUUCUGCCCUUUAGGCUUUAGCUUUGUUUGGAUGAUUCUUUGCGCCAGUACUCGUAUUGUGUUCGAAGAUGUUGGAACCUAGCUAGCUAUCUUUGUCCUACAUAUAUAUAUAUAUUUGUGUUUUUUAAUUACAGGCUUGAGUGGAGCCAUUUGAAUUCGUUUGUGUAAGAGACUCCGAUGAUUUAUUUCUAUCAUUGUAGAAUCAAUAUUCUUUUGUAUUUCAGAGUCACUUGUGAGUUGUGAGUGUUAUUGUUAUUGUAAUAGUCCAUAUCAUUAUUGAAUAUGAUUUCUUAUUUAUGUUA